AUUUCGGAUAGGAAUAAAGCAGCGAGUGUCCCCUCUGCUACGCCUACCACACAGCUCCUUCAACGACGAUGACCACACAGUCCCAUCUCCCAACUCAGACCUUCCUUCUCAUAUCUCAAUCCCCGAAACCAUCCAAAACUCCAUCCUCCUCCCUCUCUUUCCACAGCCAUUCUCUUCCCACCUUUACCUCCACCUCCACCUCCGACGCUGGCAUACUUUUCCGCGAGAAAAUCGUCUACCUCGAGAGCCUCAACGUCAAUUCCCACAAGGCCCUCCGACUGAACCCAAAUUUCCGCUCCGCCCCUCUCUCCUCCCUCGUCUCCGUCGAGCACUGCCUCUUCUCAUUCGGUAUCGCCCGUUCAGCCAUCGGCCGCAUCCUCGACAUGCACCCCCAGCUUCUCACCUCCGACCCUCACUCCAACCUCUACCCCAUCUUCGAUUUCCUCCUCAACGAGGUCUCCAUCCCCUUCCCGGACCUCUCGAAGUCCAUUAUCCGAUGCCCCAGACUUUUGGUAUGCAGCGUGACCGACCAGCUGAAACCCGCCUUGUCUUUCUUGAGGGGCCUGGGCUUCACGGGGCCCAAUUCCAUCACCUGCCAAACCACAUUGUUGUUGGUUUCCAGCGUCGAAGGUACCCUUUUGCCCAAGAUUCGGUACUUGCAGAGUUUGGGGCUUUCGUACAAGGAUGUCGUCAACAUGGUGCUGAGAUCACCUGGGUUGUUGACGUUUAGUAUAAGAAAUAAUUAUACCCCCAAGGUGAAGUAUUUCUUGGAGGAAAUGAAGGGGGACCUCGUGGAAUUGAAGAGGUUUCCACAGUAUUUCUCGUUUAGUUUGGAGGGAAAGAUUAAGCCCAGGCAUAGAGUUUUGGUCGAGCACGGAUUUUCGCUUCCGUUAUCUGAGAUGUUAAAGGUUAGCGAUGGAGAGUUUAAUGCACGGUUGAUAGAGAUGAGGCUGCGGUCGGUCGAGGCCAGAUAAACCUAGCCCUGUCUAAGGGGGUUUGCUUCAGGAUCCUACUUUAUCUCGUGUCUGAAGGGUGAAUGAUGCUCAAGACUUCCCUUUACAUGUGUGUUGUCUAUUACCUAGAACUGCUGCAACUUGAUCAGGGCAACCUGCGAGUAUCUGAGUUGUUCACAAGAUUAUUGGUAUGCGGUGCAAGGAAGUAAUCUGUCAUCCUGAGGGUACCCUUUUUGAACUUGCAAAUUUUAGUGCACCUUUUGACCUUGAACAGGGGAAUUUUGACGAGCUAGCCAUCUGGGAAAUGCAGUCAUUGCUAAAGUCCUGCUCAUGAUUACUUACCCAUUUCUAUUAGGAUUAAUUACUAAAAUUGUCCCUGUAGUUUUUAGACAAGAUUUUGACUACAGACAAUCUGAGAAAACAUUGAGUAAUGGUGUUGGAUUGGUGUUGCAUGUGUAAAAAGAAUGGGAAAUCAGUAGAUCACCUGCUUCUACAUUGUGAGGUGUCCAGGACCUUGUAGGCUGGUGGAUUUUCUAGCAAGCUGGAGGGUACUCCAAGGCAAUCCUCAAGUGGCAGCAAUAUGGAAGAUGGCCCCUAUAUGUAUGUGUUGGUGCUUUUGGAGGGAGCGAAAUGAUAGAAGCUUCGAGGAUCAUGAGAGGACAAUGGAUGAGCUUAAAGUUCUUUUCUUUAAAAUCAUGUUCUUAUGGGUGGGGGGACUUUAAUGGUCUAAAUGAUUUUCUACUUUCGGUUGUAAAUCCUAGUUAUGUACUUCUUUUUUUGAUAAUUUUAUUUAUUUAUUUAUCUAUUGGGGACCUUUGCCCAAUCCUUAGUUAUGUGCUUCUCGUAUAUACUUCUUGUGUACUUGGACUAUGCCUCCUUUUCUUGUGAAUAAAGUUCUUGAUUACCUAUCAAAAAAAAAAAUCUUGAAAUUUCAGAUUUGAUCAAAUCACUCCCUCUGUUAGUGUUCUGUUAUUAAACCAUUAGUUAUGCCACUUCACACUUCGUCUUUUGACAUUUCAAAUAUAAUUCACUUGUAAUUUUUUUUUUAAUUUUAAUGCUAAUGCUAUAUAUAUAUAUUUAAAAAAAAAAAAAGAAGGAGAAGAAGAAGAGGAAAGGCAACCUCUUCCCCACGACAGCCCCUUGUCAGCCUGCCCAUGCAAGAAGAUUGGGAUGGGGACCUCUUGGGUCAUCAUGCUAGGGGUGGUGCAGGAUUGUGGUGGACCAUCCAUUUUUCAAAUUUCUGAAAUUAAAUUGGUGUUUUAAAUUUAAAAAAUAAGUUAUUAUUAUUAUUAUUUUCUUAAAUGGGAAUGAACCCACUAAGAGACUCUUGGGGGUAACUCAACUUGGCAUGAACUUGAAAAUGCUUCAAGAUUUGGUUCUUUUGAGGGCAAGUGCUGCCCCUUUUUGGUUUGUAGGGAUGGAGGAGACCAAGCAGAUUCACAUUUUGCUGUCCUGGGAUCUAUUUGAGAACACAGCUAUCAAAACAUAUUUUCUUUUCCAGGGUCUCAAGGUGCUCCAGCUAAAAGAAUUUUGUUCUACUCUCUGGAGGGAUCAUACUGUCAACUUUUGGGGUCAAGAAGAAUGGGAGCGAGUAAGUAUCAUCAAUUUAGACUUGAUUCCAAGAAAAACUGUGAAGCUAGCCUUUACUAGUUGUCUUUUGAGGUAGUAUCCUUAAUUAACACCUACAGUCUGAGUGAUAUAUUAGUUCUGGUAACUAUGCACCUGCAGGGAGCUGCCUGUACAGGGGCCUAUCUUUCUGGUAUUCAAAUUUUGGGUCGUUGGCGUGAUAAGGACUGGAUGUGCAUUGCAAAUCAUGUUUUUGUAAAGGCUGCUUUAGAGUUUAAACAAUAACCGUUACUUUUCUGCAUCCAGGUAUUAAUGGAAAUUGUUUCCAAAAGGAGUGCAUAACCAUGUGUUUGGGUAUCUUCUGGAAUUGCUGGUCAUACCUAUUUCUGCAAUAUCCUGCAUAUAGCGUAAUCUUUAUUAAAUUGUUACACUUUUAAGUCAACUCACAUUAAUUUGAAUUGCUUGGGUCAUCCUCUUGUUUUAUUUUAUAUGCACCACUGCAUUAUGUCACAUAACGAAACGUGGGAAAACCAUGGUCUCACCCUGUAGCAAACAGAGUUACGUAAAUUUGAUACAAUAAAUAAUUUUGCCAAAUUUUAUUGGCUGGAUGAUCCUAGCUUUGAUAUAUUUUAUCCUUUUAGGUUGUCUGGAAAAUUCAUAACAUCAAGAAGUUGCUUCAUACAUAUAAAUCCUCCAUUGGUCAUUUUCUUUUCUAUUAUUUUCUUUUUUAUGAAUGCGAUCUGAACUCAGGCAUUGAGUGUGCCUAAUUUCUGGGAAUAUGAUUUGUUUAACAGUUUUUGUAGCUCUCUUUUUAGCUUUGCCUUCCCUACUUGGAUCAAAUUUUGGCAUUCCAUUCAGUUUUCCAAAUUUAUGAAUGUUGUAGUUGAUUAUGGCAUUCUUAUCGCUAGGGAGUUUGUCUGUUUUAAUGUAGGUAUUUUUUUUUUUCACAUUUGUUUCCUUCAUGAGUGUCCAUUUAGCAUGAAAGAGAAUGAAUAAGUGGGAUUUGAAGGCUGAUAUUGAGUUUUUGGAUGGAAGUUUAGCUAAUGCACUCAGAAUGUUGUUUUUUAAUUGCCACGAAUGUAGCUAUUUGAAAUUUUGAAUGUUGAUCGGUGGUUAUCCUAGACUACUAUUCUGACUCGUUUGAAAACUGCCUUGACACACCGGUUGAGCAUAAGGUUUUCUGUCACACAAUACAGCUCUUAACGUGUAUUUGAUGGGGUUUUGGUUGGUUUCAUUGCGGCAUGUACAGUGGACUCAAACAUGAGCUCUGAGAUUAGUUGUUAUGGAAUAUUUUUUGCCCUACAUCUUUCCGCAACAUUUGUUCUGUUCUCUUUUCUCGCUUUCGCUCUCUCAGUUUCAAAAGAGAAUCUUGUCCUCAACUCCCAACAUUGGGUCGUUUGAGUUGUAGCAGGGCAUAUAAGUCUUGAUAAGUCACAUGUUACUGGUAGAGUUCUAACAUCACUUUGUUUAGUUUUGGGACAUGGGCUGGCACAAUUGGCCAAGCCGUUUUUGUAAUCUGUAUAUUUUUGUUCUCAUACAAUAGAGGGAAGAUGUAGAGUAGGUGUGAGGGGGGAAAUAUCUAGACCCAAGACCAGGCUCAACCUACCAAGCCAUCACUAGGAGGAGACAAGAGGAAAAACAACAAUUAAGGGAGAGGUGUCAGGAGGCAAUGGGGAUCAUACCUUACUACUGUAGGGGGCAUGCGGAAAGAGGUAUCAGAUAAAAGGGGACGUCCAGAUGACUUCAAAUGGAUUCUUCUUCGACUGCGACUUGAACUUCUUCAACCUCUUGAAAGGGAGCAAAAGGGUCUUCUCCAACAAAAACAUUUAAGAUCUCCAUUGUACAAUAAGAAAUGAGAUAUUGUAAUAAGCAUAUUAUAAUGGAUUUCUUCCUCUCAAAUGUCCGUGGACGUGGGCAUUAUACCGAAUUACUAUACUGAAUCAUGUAAAUAUAUGUUUAUCUCUCUUUA